AUGUCCAACAUCAACACCGCCACAGCUCCAAUGGAGAAGGACGAUCUCAUUCGUCUCGAGACAGUCAUGUCUAAUGAGGAAAACCUCAAGGGCGACCACAUGAACUACGAACGUGUGGACAAGGAACUCGCCAAAUACACCGCCGGCGAACGCAUCGAGAUCUCCGAAGCAGACGAUAAGCGUCUGAAGAAGUUGAUCGACCGUCGUGUCUUGGUUGUCAUGAUCUUGACCUACUUUCUCCAAGCACUCGACAAAGGAACCAUGAGUUUCACCAGUAUCAUGGGUAUCAGAGAUGAUUUGCAUAUUGGAGGCAAUCAGUUCUCUUGGUUGACGACGUGUAUUUACAUCGCUGUGCUGUUCGUCGAGUAUCCUACCAACUGGAUCAUCCAGCGUGUACCCAUCGCCAAAUAUCUCUCGGUAAACAUCAUGCUUUGGGGUAUGGUUCUCGCCCUCCACGCAACUGCAACGAACUUCAAAACUCUGGUUGUUUGCCGUACCUUCCUGGGUAUCUUCGAGGCGGUCUGCCAACCCUCUUUUUUGAUCAUGUCUUCUCUCUGGUACAAGAGAGAUGAACAAGCACAGACUGUAACGUACUGGUACCUUUGUAACGGCUUGCAGCAGAUCGUCGGUGGUCUGCUAGCUUANCUCUUUUCGUUGCUCGGAAACGACAGAAUGGUCAAAUCCUAUCAGGCCAUCUUCAUCACCUACGGGGCGGCCUCUGUUCUCUGGGGUGCAUUUGUGCUCUUCUGGCUGCCUGAUUCACCUAUGCGUGCCAAAUGCUUCUCUGAAGAAGACAAGACCGGUAUCCAGAACAGGAAGUUCCGUCCUGAGCAAGUCAAGGAAGCACUCACAGACCCUCAGCUCUACUGCUACAUGUUAAUCCAAAUCUGCACCACAUUGCCCACCAGCGGUUUGGGAGCUUUCGCCAACAUCAUUGUCAAGGGCUUCAAGUUCACAACUCUGCAGACCCAGCUUCUGGCGAUGGUUCUCGGCGCCUACAUCGUCAUUGUCCUGCUCUCCUCAACUUGGCUGGUCAAGAAAACAGGCCAAAAUCUUCUCGUCAUGGGCGCCUUCGUCAUUCCUUCUUUCGCCGGCACAAUCGUUCUCAUGACCGUCAGGAAUACGAACACUGCUACCCAAGCAGGACUGCUGUUCUCAUACUAUAUCGUCCUCAGUUUUUGGGCUGCACAAACCUUGGCCAUGUCAAUGCUGUCCCGCAAUGUUGGCGGCCAGACCAAGAAAUCCAUCGUCGUGGCUGCAAACUUUGCCGCUUGGGCUGCUGGAAAUGCUAUCGGUCCUCAGGUGUUUUUGGCGUAUGAUGCGCCGAGAUACUUCAUUGCGUUUGCAACACAUAUGGGUUGUUACAUGUUGCUGGUCAUUGUUAUUGUAUUUUUGAGAUGGUGGUUGAAGAGGUGCAAUGCUAAGAAGGAUGCACUCGCCGCUGCCGGUGUUGGAGAGGCGAGGGAUGAGGCUUAUACCCAUGCCUUUGAUGAUUUGACGGACAGGGAGAACCCCAACUUCAGAUAUGUUUACUAG